CCUUCUUCAGUUUGAACUCCUUGGUGAAAGAUUGUAAGAAGUUUAUGAUGUUUUCUGUGUGUUUACAGGUCCACAACACAGAUUUCUCACAAUGCUUUUGCCCCUGCUUCAGCAAUUGGUCUUUGUCAGUUAAGACACAAUUCAAAUGCAGCUUCCAUUACAAGGACCAAGAGAAAUUUGUACCCAAGGACAUACCCUACUCUUCUCGUUUUCCCUGACGGCAGCACUAUCAACAUUAGAUAUCACGAACCAAGGCGGAUAGUUAAGCUUCCUUUGGACUUUUCCAAGUUGUCAGAGGCCGAGAAGAAAAUGAUUCUUGCAAACAGGAAGCCUAAACAGAAAUUAGAAGUGAUUGAAGACUUUGAGGAUAGCUUCAACGUGAGCGACUACAGCAAAUACUGGAAAAAGUAAUGUUCUGAAAACUAUCCCUCAUUGAUAGGUACAUACAGAAGACUGGAUACUUUAGACUGUUUUGUUUUUCUACAAGAAAUAUGUUUCUGUUAAGGAAGGAACUGUUUUAAGAUGUGAACUGCUACUUGAAUAUGUUCAUAAUGAAAAAGCCAGUUGAACCCAGCAAUGGGGUUACAACAUAAAUGGUUUCUAAAGAAAAAUUAUUUCAUUUGUCCUCCAGGUUUGUGGAGAUGCAUUCUCUUUUAGCUAAUGUUUUAUGACCUUUGACGUCCCACAAUGGCAGAAUCAGAAAAACGGAAGGAAAAACAGGGGGGGAAUCGACCCGAGCACUGGUUCAGCACCAGCAAACGCAUUGUAUGCAAAUGUGAAGAAUUUGACCUGGAGAACUCCCCACAGCUGUUGAGGAUACUUCCGGAGAAUUAUGACUACAAACUCUGUGAUUAUUUCCCAUAUGACGAGGAAGAUAAAGACAAGUUCAAUAUUACCCUUCGGUUAAGUUUGACAAGCGUGGAGGAAGUAAUGCUGUGGAAACAGUUGUACGAGGAGAAGUCUCUCACAUCUCACGUGGUGGAGCAGACGUUUCCGAAAGCCUCAGCAGCCCGAGUGUUCAAACGGUAUUAUCGGUGUAAGUUUAACAGCAUAAGAAAGAAGAAGUCAGUGAACGGAGGUAGGAGCCUGGGCUGCCCAGCGCUUAUGUCCAUUGUCAUAAGAGGCCUGGGCUGGAGUAAAGCAUGCAAAGUGCAUGACCCACAUCUGGAGACACACCCAACCCAGAUUCGAAUCCGUUUCGCUCAUAGCCACCCGCUGGACACACCUGAGAUGCUGAAUAAAAGAGAGCUGUGCCCCGAGAUCCGUAAACGUUUUGAAGAGAUGUUCAAGCAGGGUAUGAAGCCUAAAGAUGCGCUGGAGAAACACAAGUGGGACCUACACAAACAGUUGGGCCCAGAGAAGUACCUAGCGGUAACCAUUGACAGUUUCUAUAUGCCGAAGCCAGGCAGACUCACAAAGAUGUACAAGUCGAUCAGUGGUCAAACUUCAAUCAGGUCAGCAACCAAACGAGCAUCAAAGCAUAACCCAGACGCAAAUAGGCUUGCUUUUGAGCAGUGUGCCUCAAAGUUUGCAGACAGUCAAAAUGAUGAUUUUAGCGAAACUAAGGAAAGUGUUGAUGCCAAGACAAAUGUCAGCUUUGUGAGGGGUACAGAAGUAGCCAGAGAUUCCAAAUUACUGACAGCUAAUGACAGCACUUGGUCUAUGCAAAGUGCGGGAGCUGAAAAUCCAGAGGAUACCAACCUUUCCUGCUCUGCUCAAAAGCCAUCCGAUUCACAUAGGUUAUCUUCAGUAGAGACUGAUGCUCUUGAUACUUCCUUGUCAUCAGCCCAGGGUCAAGGUCAAGGUGGUGUUCUGUUCUCAGGUUCCAGCGCCCCAGUCCUCACUUUGCAGAACAUGGAGACUCUGAGCUUUGAUGGCUCCAGCAGCAAGCUGUACCGCAGCAAUGCUCUGGCCAGUGGUAUGCAAACCCCGAAACCCCAACAACAUCUGGCUUUUUUGGAUGUUAGGGGAGCUGCUUCACAUCUUGGAUCUCCCGAUGGAAUGGGCGUAGCGUCUUCAAGCCACCAUAGCAUUAUGCAGCUACAGCAACAACAUCACAACAACGUACUGGGAGCAGAUGUGUCGGGAGGCACUACCUCUCACCCAGUCGUUCCUCCCCAGCCACCACUCGCGUCUUCCACCCUCGAUUAUACCGUUCAUCACCAGCACCAUCAGCUCCACAGUAGCCUCGCUCAUACUCACACUCACACCAUGGCACAUCCAAACUUCUCCUCCUCUGAUUUCAGCUCAUCAAGCUUUGCCGGCUACCACCAGCCCGUAUCCCAUGGUUUCUACUCCCAGAACAUGAUAGGACAUGAUUCAACAGCUCCUCACAAUACUACGUUGUCUCACUUUUCCCCCAGCUCAUUCGCACAACCCCGGCCGUCUGCUGUGGAGGCGUUUCACCCGCACAGUUUCGAGAAUAAAAGGCUUCCUCCACACUUGAGUUUCCCCGGUCCUGACCUGUCCCUCCCCCAACAGACUCAUGGCUCACAGUAUUUGAAUAAACCAAAGCACCUGUCAUCCUACAGCUCCAUGGGGACCAGUAGUGGUAGUAAUAAAGGAAGACUUGCCGUGAAGAGAAAAGCUGCAGAAGACCUGUCAAAUUCAUCAUCAUCAUCAUCAUCAUCAAAGAAAAUAGUUCCUAAACGGAGUCCUAUUAAUUUAUACAAUGCCAAACGAUUUCGAGCCAGUCUGCUAAAGAAAAAAUCACCAAUGAUAAAUACUAACACUCAUCAACAGGUAUCAGAAGCCUUGCAGACUAUUCUGCUGGCUGACAAAGCAAAGAAAGUGAAAGAGAGAUUGUCUAAGUUUUGUUCUGUAAUGGAGCAGAAGUUGGCAACAGAUGUGAAGACAUAUGUCCCUGUUGUGACCAAAUUCCUCGACGUGUGGGACUGUCUAAUCAGUGAUGCUGAUCUUGUGCAUGCAAUGAAGGAGUUUGGGAAAGCUCCACAGACUAUUAUAGACCAGUAUGAAAUUCGCAGACGCGAAAAUUUGAGGGACAGAAAAGUACAGACUUUAUCUUCUUAUGGUGAGCGGGCAAGCAGGAAGUCAGAUUUGGCUAAUGGAACAGCCUCGUACAAUAAAAAAGUUCAAACCCUAGCCAUACCUUCUCGGACAUGUUGUACGCAGACGGCAGCAGCCUCUCGCGGGCCAUCUCAGGGAGUGUCAAUGAAGACAAAGGGAGAACUAAAUGAAGCUACUUCUUCUGUGACAUGGCUUAAGCUUAAGCCGUUCCCUCCUGCCUUUUAUGUUCAGUCUGCUGAAUGCACCAGCAAAGGCAAGGCUAAGAUGAGUUGUGUGUCAGCUGGUUCAGUUCCUUCCUCGCCUGCUGUUAAAAAAUCCCGAAAAGAUAAAGUCAAGCGUAGCUGUCUGCGUUCCAAGGGCAGCUCAAUCUAUGAUCAUGUAUCUUCCACUGUACUUCUGCGGGUUCAGAAUAGCAUCAAAAAUAAGGACAGAGAAAGUUGUGACUCGGAGGCAGAUUUUCCACGAAAGUCGUCUAAGACUAAAAGACCAAAAACAAAAGGAGCAAGGGUUGCUAGUCCCACAAAUGACCUGUGUGUUUCCUUUAAUGAUUCAACGUCUUCGACAGGCCAUGCUUUCUCACACAACAAUGAUGCAUCAUCUCAUGGGCUUACCGACGGAAGCUUCUCAGUUCCUUCAACUAGUCUGAAAAAUGUGUCAGAAGAUUGCAAUGAUCGAUUGGGCUGUCUGUUACAGCAACCAUCUGAGGACUGUCUAGAAGCCGGUUCUACUUCUGUUUCCGAUGUCCGUUUAUCUGAAGCGAGCCAGACAUCGUCUUCUCAGGUCAGCAGAGAUGAUCUUGCAACAGUCUAUUUGACCUCUCUGCAAAAGUAUGCUUCUCAAACGCAACCGGAUGACCUUUGUCCUAAUACAGACCCUGGUCACGGUUGUGGAGAGAAUUCUGGGCCGUUCUUGACGCCGAAGUUGGAACCAUUGUCCCCCGUGGAAGUGGGGGUGUGUUCUGAUGAGGAACAGAAUUCAUCAGCGAUGGAACUUUGUGCACGGCAGGUGGAUUUUGACAGCAUAGAUGACUCACAGCCCUCAACGACUGGGACAUUUGACACAAAAAGUCUCGGAGAGGAUGCAACUGUAUCUAUAGAGAAGACUAAAAGACUUGUUGUCAAGUUAACUCGGAUAUGAAUGGAAGAGAAUCACAGUCUCACAGUACUGUGAGAUGAGUGUGUUAUGGCUAUUGCUUUGGGUGUGGAUGGCGUUCACCUCAGAAAUGGGAAAAUAACAAAAGGUGCAGUAAGGUUUUUCAUUCCUGCAGUCUCCAUGUUGAAUGGCAUGCGAACAGAAUUCGGAAUUCAUCAGUUAGUGUGAGCAAGAAGAUGGCUUUUCAAUCCUAAAAACUCUUUGGCUCAUACAACAAGAAUCCAAAUCAACAAAUCCUGUAGUAACAACUUUAGCAAUCUAUAAAUACAUUACAAAUCAACAAAUCCUGUAGUAACAACUUUAGCAAUCUAUAAAUACAUUACAAAUCAACAAAUCAUGUAGUAACAACUUUAGAAAUCUAUAAAUAAUCAAAUGAUGAAUACCUCUUGUCUCAUCUAUGGUGUGCAGUUUUCUUCAAAGCACCAGUUGGCAGAUAACUGCUCAUAGUCCGCCAGGUUAUCAGUUGGAGUACAGUUAGUUAAGAAGGCCUACUACUUGGCAACUGCAUAAAAGUUCAGGGUUCUCUUCCAUGUCAAGUCCAAAACGUUCAUGCCAUUCCUUGAACUGUUAUUCUCCUUGUCAAGGUACCGUAUGUGGCAGGUACUCCACCUUUUGAAAUGACGGACAUUGUGUCAAAUAGUAAUAGUAGAGUGUUCCACUCAAGACGUCAACAUGAUACAAGUACUGCCAGGCAGGUCAAUGAAAUAGUGGAACUUUUUACUGUUGCAGCAUUGUUUUGUGUUGUUCAUCUCUUCUGUGGUGAACGCCAAGUGAUAGCAUCUGUUUGUCCUGUGCUGACUUCUGUAUUGAUGCUGACACAUGUAGUGUGGGAGUGGCUGUGAAUGAGUUUUCAUGAAGGCAGGCAGUGUUGCUGUUGUAGCAUGGAUGGUACAGUACUAGUAAUGGUAGUCAUCAAGAAAUGGUGGGGAAAUAGAUAGAGGCUAGUAGUGUCAUCAAAGAAGUUCUCAUGCUCAUUCCAUAUAUAUAUAUGUUAUAAUGUUGUGAUAAUGAUGAUUAAAAUGUUCACGUUUGGUGAUAAUGCUGGAAAUCUUAAAAUCCCAUUUUUAUGUUUGCAAAUUGUGCCUCAAAAACCAGUUUUUGGACAGGAUAGGCCUAUGUUUGAUUCUAGGAUUGCCCCAUAGCUGACUUUGGUACGCGUAUCAUAUUUAGAACAGGGCAACGAGAACAAACUGAUUCUGUUGAUAGAAUGUUAGAGUUGUGUUCCACUUGGCCUGGAAUCAAUUGAUACAUUUCAUUACUAGUCUGUAAGGCUGUCGGGUCUGUCCAAUGGAGACUGUGCUUUCAUUUGCAUGCUUAUUAUAGCUCUGACUGUGAGGAUGAAUCUUGUAAAAGACAUUGCGUAACUGGUGUGUCAUUUUUACAUCAAACUUGUACAUGUUUCUUGUUGUUUUCUUUACCACUCUCCUGUAUCUAGAAUGGAAUACAUGUAUAUAUAUUAUAUGUUUUGGCAGGUCUGUAUUGUAAGUUGAAGCUUUCCUGAUCACCUUUGACUUUGACUCUGUGUAAAGAAAAGUACAUCGACAUGAUAAUGUUAAUUUGGAGCUGUGGAAAAGGGAAGACAGAUAGAUAAAAACAAGAGAGUUGUAACACAAACUUACUUUUUAAUGUACAGUAAGUCAAGGUCUACGAGUGUUAUCGUAUAGGGUAAGAGUUUUCUUGAGCACAUUAAGCAGCUGAUAAUUUAAGAUUUAAACAAGAAAUUCUUAAUUUUAACUCUUCAUCCUCCAUUCAUCUUAGCAGUUUUGUCAUCAUUUACAGCAUCAUGUAUAGGUUCCUAACAACAUACAUUGUAAUGUGUUGAUUGUACUGUCAAUUUGUAUGACAUGAAUAAACAGUAGACGUAUGGUUCA